AAUGGCCUCAAUCAACUCAACGAGCCGACAUAUCUCGUUGUCGAUCGACAACAGAAUGUAUACGUGUCAGACAACGAGAAUCAUCGUGUAAUGAAAUGGAAUAAAGGUGCAAAAGAAGGUAUUGUGGUCGCUGGAGGACAAGGUGAAGGGAGUGCCCUGACACAAUUGUCUCAUCCUAAUGGACUCUUCGUUGACACAUUGGGUACACUCUAUGUAGCAGACUCGUAUAAUCAUCGUGUAAUGCAUUGGACUCAAGGAGACAAGAAACAAGGUGCUGUAGUUGUGGGUGGAAAUGGUCGAGGAGAAGAAGCAAAUCAGUUCAACUACCUCCGUGGUUUGUCUUUCGAUCGACAAGGUAAUCUCUAUGUCGUCGAUUGGGGCAAUGCUCGUGUUCAACGAUUUUCUAUUGAAUAA